AUGGGACUUGACAGAAGUGGUUUGGAGAUUCUGAGGCUUGAAGGUGGAACGGUGGCUGGGGGCUGCGGGCUGUACCUGCGGAGGACGGUGCCCAGGCCGAAGGCUCCCGCCUGCUGCCCCCAGGAGCCCGGCUCGCACGGGGGGACCGGCCCCGGGGCCCCCGAGUCUGUUCCCAGAGGGGGCGGGCAGCUGGCGCAGCUCGUCCUGCCCCGAGCGGCGCCCACAGCAGGGGAGCUGCCACACCUGCACACUCGCGCUGCGCUGGGCUCCGUACAGGCCGCCUCUCGUUCCACCCUGACCGCCAUCUCGGAUCUCAAGCUGGCUGCCGUCGACGAGAAGACUUGGAUCCACAUCUGUUUGGCUCUAACAUGGUGCUCUCGCUUCUCCAGUGGCUCAGCUGAUGGCGAUGUGGCUGCAGUACACGGAGCGACUGCAGAGACUCAGGAGCGGAAGCGGGGACCUGCCGGGAAAGUGCGAGGUGCCGAGCAGAAGGGGCGGAAGGUGCCGCACACUCACACCUUUGGCGAUGGAGCCUCUGGCAGGGAAGCCUGGUACCCCUCGCCACUCCCCCCUGCCCCCCGCAGCCCCUGUGGGGCAGGGACCAGCUCCCGGGAACUGUCUGGCUGA